UGAGCUCGUGUGUUGUGCUCACGAGCCCUGCCCCUGUAUCCAGGCAGACAGUUCGCAACAUGGCGGCGACGGGGAACGAAGAGCAGACGUUGUUGCCUGAUAUCGAAGAGGAGGCUGAGGGCAUGGAGCGAGAGAUGGAGUCAGAGGAGGAGGAGGAAGAAGAAGAACGCAUGGGAGUCGAGCACUCUGAGGAGGAAGAUGGGGAUACGUCUGAGGACGAGAGGGAGAACGAGGCAGAAAUCCAGCGGCUGGAAGAGCAGCUGUCUAUCAACGUGUUUGACUAUAACUGCCAUGUGGACUUGAUCAAACUCCUGAGACAGGAAGGGAAGCUUCACAGACUGCGCAAAGCCAGGCAGAAGAUGAGCGAGCUCUUUCCUCUUACUGAAGAGAUUUGGCUGGACUGGCUUAAAGAUGAAAUUCGGCUAACUGAAGAAGAGUCGGAGCGCGAGAAAGUCUACGAGCUGUUUGAGAGGGCCGUGAAAGAUUAUCUCUGUCCAGAGAUCUGGCUAGAAUUUGUGCAGUACUCCAUCGGUGGAAUGGGAGCCCAGGGAGGCAUUGAGCGGGUUCGGUCCAUCUUUGAGAGGGCGUUGACUGCAGUCGGUCUUCACGUGACUAAAGGAGCUUCAAUCUGGGAGGCCUACAGAGAGUUUGAGAUUGCUAUUCUCUCCACAGUACAGCCUCCUCCUGGUAGCAUUGCAACACCUGAACAACAGAAACUGUUGAGCGACCAGAUCGAACGGAUAAACACACUCUUCAGACGUCAACUAGCUAUACCUUUGAUGGAUAUGGAGGGAACAUAUGCAGAGUACUCAGACUGGGCAGAUGAUGGUGUACCCGAGACUGUCACACACCAGUACAGACGUGCCCUGAAACAGAUGGAGAAAUGCAAACCUAAUGAGGAGGCUUUGCUGGUUUCCGAACCUCCAAAGCUGGCCGAGUAUCAGUCCUACAUAGAUUUCGAGAUAAAGGAAGGAGAUCCAGCCAGAGUCCAGAUCAUAUUCGAGCGAGCACUGGCGGAGAACUGCCUCGUGCCCGACCUGUGGAUCAAAUACACCACGUAUCUGGAUCGUCAGUUAAAGAUUAAGGAACUGGUUUUGUCUGCUCACGAGCGAGCUGUCAGGAACUGUCCCUGGACCAUGGGCUUGUGGAAAAGCUACCUUUUGGCUCUGGAGAGGCAUGGAGCGGACCAUCAAACAGUGACGGAUGUCUUCGAAAAGGCCCUGAAUGCAGGAUUUAUACAGGCUACUGAUUAUGUCGAAAUCUGGCAAUCUUACCUGGACUACCUAAGGAGACGUGUCGAUUUCAGCAAAGAGUGGAGCAGGGAGCUGGAUGAGCUGCGGGCGGCUUUCACACGCUCCCUUGACUACCUGAAACAAGACGUGGAAGAGAGGUUCAGUGAAAGUGGAGAUCUGUCCUGCACAAUAAUGCAGAUCUGGGCAAGGAUAGAGGCGUUACACUGUAAGAACAUGCAGAAGGCCCGUGAACUAUGGGACAGCAUCAUGACGAAAGGGAACGCCAAAUAUGCCAACAUGUGGCUGGAAUAUUAUAACCUUGAAAGGUCAUAUGGAGAUGCUGUCCACUGUAGGAAAGCUCUCCACAGAGCUGUACAGUGUACAUCAGACUACCCUGAACAUGUGUGUGAAGUCCUGCUCAGCUUUGAAAGAGUGGAAGGUUCUUUGGAAGACUGGGAUGCGGCGGUUCAGAAGACAGAGACCAAACUCAAUAGAGUGAAUGAGCAACGAGCAAGAGUGGCUGAGAAAGAGGCUGUCAUAGCUAGACAAGAGGAGGAUAAAGCCGAGCACAAAAGAAAAGCCAAGGCAGAUAAAAAAGCCCAGAAGAAGGGCCAGAAAGCAAACAGAACCGGAGAUAAACGGAAAGCUGAAGAUGAAUUAGAGGAUGAAUGGGGAGAUGAAGCAGAGCUCCCAUCCAAAAAGCACAAAGGGGACGGGGAGGAUGCGUUGGAGCUCAUGGAGACAGAAAGCGGGUUUUUCGGACGACGGCCUCCUCCCCAGCGCAAAAACGAGCCACCUGGUUACCGUAAGAACCAGCAGGGGUUGACGGAAGCACCUCGACAAACCCAGGACACAUCACAGGAGCAGCGUAAAGAGGACAACAGCGUCUUCAUCAGUAAUUUGGCAUUUAAUCUAGAGGAUCCUGAGGGCAAGCUGCGGGCGAUCUUUCAGAGCUGUGGGACUAUCCAGCAAGUGCGCUGUGUGUUUACACCAAAGGGUGCUUUUAAAGGUUACUGUUAUGUGCAGUUCGAGGACCAGCUGGCCGUAUCGGAGGCGCUGAAACUGGAUAGACAGGAGGUGAACGGACGUCCUAUGUUUGUGUCUCCUUGUGUCGACAAGAAUAAGAAUCCUGAUUUCAAGGUCUUUAAGUACAACACAUCACUGGAGAAGCACAAGAUCUUUAUCUCUGGCUUGCCUUACUCCUGCACUAAAGAGACACUAGAAGAGCUCUGCAAGCCACACGGCACGGUCAAAGCCAUCCGAAUUGUCACCAAUCGCUCGGGCAAACCCAAGGGUUUGGCUUAUGUGGAAUUUGAGAAUGAGGCACAAGCAUCUCAGGCUGUGCUGAAGAUGGAUGGCACCACGGUGGAGAACUUCACUAUCUCUGUUGCCAUUAGCAACCCCCCAGGCAGGAAGAUGGACGAUAAAGCAGCACCCAGUCGAAUCCUGGGGGCAACGAUGCCAAGGCAACUUCAUGGAGCAAGGGGGAAAGGACGCACUCAGAUCUCUCUGCUGCCACGUUCGCUUUAUCGCCAGAGCGCACCAGAUGCCAAAACAGAGAACGGGACCGUAUCUGCGCCACACAGCACAGUGACAGAUGGGGUGCACGGAGGCUCUGGAACCACAACCCUGGAGACGCAAACAAAAACCCUGUCCAAUGAAGACUUUGCCAGAAUGCUCCUCAAAAAGUGAAACUUUAUGUGGAAUACCUGCCUUUUGACAGAAAGCCAUGCUGUUUCCUUACGGAGUCCGUUUAUAGAAACAGCAUUUUAGUUUAGCCUACUUUCUGUAAAUACACGAGCGCCCUUGAAAUAUAUUAAAAAUAUUUUAACACCUCAUCUAUGGAGAUGCGAGUCGUUUUGAUUUAUUUCUUGGUAAUAAAGAAAAGAUUUGUGGAUGCAGUGUGAUGCAGAUUUCAAAUUUUGUCAGCGAGUAUUUUUUUACCAAGCUGUUCAAACAAAUGAACCGUUGAUUAAAAGGUAUAUGCAAGAACAUUUAUUAUGAAGAUAGGAUGUAAUGGGCCUCAUUAGCAUAAUUCAUCUUUAGUUCCGUUUGAGCAAGCAGAUGUGACUGGCACUUGCUUUAUCAAAGACAAAAUUAAUAACUUUAUUUUACAUAUCUAAACUGCAUGUUGUAUAAAUAAGUUAUUUGCAGUACAUCGACCAACUGAAAUCGCCUUGCAUGUGAACAUUUACGAAAGAAAUAAGUCUUCAUAAAAAUUGUCAGCAAUUAAAAUCCAGCACCUUCUUAAUAUACGUUCUGUUAAAGCAUUCACCAUGUAUUCGACUGCAGUGCUUUAAAGUGUUUCUGUUUGCAAAAGUUGAUAUGUCUCAUGUAUUUUGGGUAGUUUCUCCAAACGUGAGGAUAGCUCAUGUUUAUUAAUUGCUGACACAGCUUGUAAACCUGCCUUACCUUGUGCACUCAGUUACGGUGGAUGCUUGUGCUCCACAGCCAGACGGAUCAAACAGACUUGAUUGAAAUCUGUUAAUUCGGUAUUUGGCUCAACGUAAUUUCAAAUUGUAGAUUUGAUGUGCUUAUGUGCUAAUAUUCUGGCUGAAGAGCACGGUUGCUGCCUUGGAACGGCUUUGGUGCAGUUCCCUGAUGUUGAAGAAUCUAUGCAGCUGUAUUUCGCUAGAACCUUCCACUAUGGGUUCAUCUGAUCGUGAACCGGUCAUAUAUUGUAUUGUGUAUAGGACAUAUAUCAUAGAUCAUUUUAAAUGUCUUGGAUGUUGGUAUUAUUUACUGGUUAUGAUAGACUUGUGAAUUUCAUCCACUUAUUGAAAGCUCCAUCAGUAUAUUUCAACUUGGCACUAGAAGUUGCAUAGCAUUAAUAUUUUGGUCGAGUGUUUGUUCGGUUUAUUGCAUUUUUAGUGCGUUUCUGUUUCAUAUCCCUUGGUGGUUGGCCAUAGUUUUGUAAAAAAAAAACACAUUUGUAUAUUUUGAACUAAACAAAAAAAAAACAGUAGCUCUAUAUAUUUGCGUUUGAUCACCACAGUGGCCUAAAGUAGUGAUUGAGAAAAAUGUGUUGCGUUCAAUGUCUUGUUAAGCAUUUUAAAAGCGAAAAAGUUCAAAUUGUGCACUUGAUUUAUUAUUUGUUUAUAGAUCGGUAAUUUUAUUUGCCAGACUAUGUCAGUCAACUUGACAUACAAUAAUUUCCAAUAAUGUUACUUUUUUUAUUCCCUGUGUUGCGUGAAUUGUAUGUAGUUAUUUUUUGUUUUCAGGCCUAAAUUGUUUAAUGAAGCAAUUAAAUGUAUAUGGUUGUCAAACA